UUCUCGAUGAAAAUUGGUCGGCUUUUGAAGAGCAGGCAGUGUUUAUCACGAAAAAUGGUAUUGCUUUUGAUGCUGAGCUGGUAGCGGAACUUGUUUAUGUAGUGCAGCCACAGCUAGUGAAGCAGUGCCCAGGCCUCGGCGAGACAUUCUGCGCAUUCCUGGAGGACGUUACAGCAAAUCUAUUUAGUGUAAUUUCCUAUAAUUAGAUAGUGACACAGGUGUCGCAAUUACUUCACUGGUUAUCACAUGUGUUAUCGAGUCAACGCUGCCUGGCUGCUGCGUUGCCGGUGGAGACGUCGCCAACAAUGAUAAAUUAUUCACAGACAAUGAGCCAGUGGUGAAUGUGGAGUGCAGGCAGAGUGUUCCUCUUGACGAGCCAUCAAUGGGCACGUUCGAGAUGGGCGUCUCAUAGCUUGGCCACCUAGACAAGUAUGCAGAGGCAAAUAGUGAAAAGCCACCUGAGAAAAGUUUGUCUUCAGAGGUGGAGACCUUCCUCGCGGCGAACCUCUCGGGUUGCAAGCUCCAGGAGUUUUUGCGCCUGUUCAAGCAGUUUCCAGGCGAGGCCUACACCCCAUCUGCAGAUACUUUGAAGGGUAUCUACAAUUCUUUGCGGGACUACCACCUUGGGAGCGACUUCGAGCACGUGGACAUUGGCCCCAAGCUUGGCCUUCAGGACACAGUGGUCGUCUCUGUAAGGAAUGACCCCAUGGCUUUGGUAAAGGCCAUGUUUGCAAACAAAUCUGGCAGGGCUGUCCUCGGUCCGAAGCUGGUAAUGGAUCAGGAUGGCCAGCGGGUUUUUAAUGAGAUGUGGACGGCGGAGAAGUGGAUGGAGGCCAG